AUGGGUCUCGCAUAUGAAUGGGCCUGGAAUUUCUGGGAAUUCUGCAAGAGAAACAUCAUUCCAGAUGUUUUCAUCAAGAGGAGGUUUAACUUCAUCACCAUCCACUAUCUGUACAUGAUUGGAAUGACGAUUCUGGGCUCAGUCAUCAUCUUCGGUAUUGGUGACAUCUCAUAUAUCGACUCCCUCUUCUUCGCCUCCGGUGCCUGCACCCAAAGCGGGUUGAACACUGUCGACGUGAACAACAUCAAAGUCGGUCAACAAUUCAUGCUAUUCUUCCUCGCCAUGCUGUGCAAUCCCAUUGCCGUCAACUCGGCUGUCGUCUUCGCCCGGUUGUAUUGGUUCGAAAAACGAUUCGAGGACGUCUGUAAGACCUCGAAUGCACUCCGCCGAACAAAGUCGAGACAACGCACUAUGACCAUCGGAAGGGAUGACCCUGAACAAGGUCGACCAGGCGUCGCAGGAAAAGCGAUUCGGAUAUUACGAAACACCGGACGCAGUCAAGGUCAUGCAGAUGCUGAGAAGCUCGAGAACGGCAAUGGAAAGGCUGUAGAUUCGUCUGACACCUCGCAAGAGGAGCAGGAAGAGUUCAAAGGACACAUGCCUAAUCACCGUCCGAAACCCCUCACAACUCGGUCUGUCGAUGAUGUGCGGGUGCCGCCACAGAUGGAUCCAGAGCAACACAUCCGCUUCCUUGAAAAUCAACGAAAUCCAAGUGACACGACGGCCCUGCGAAUUCCCAGUCCUCGUGAAUAUGAGCAGGGGGACCGACCUCAUGAUGUUCAUGCCAACUUUGAUGAAAAUCUAUUGCGCCCAAUCAUGAGCGUACCCGAACCUCCCAGUGGUGAUGAGACGAGAGCUGACGCGGGAGCUGCGGAGGACCGUGCGCCUCCUACACACAUCACCAUCGACGAACCACAGUUUCUGCGAGACCGCCAGGACCGAACUGCCACCUUUCCCCGACUCAACACUAGACAGUCCACGCAGCCAUCACACACCUACGAUCUCCCUGAGCCUGGGUCUUACCGUCGGAGGGGGUCAAAUACGUUUCGGUCGCUGCAUCGGGUCAAUACGCCGCGUACACAGGAGCUCGCCCCAUACCUGAGUUGGCAACCGACCAUCGGACGGAACUCGUUUUUUCUCGGUCUGACCGAAGAACAGCGAGAAGAGCUGGGCGGGAUAGAAUAUCGGGCACUCAAGGCCCUAGCUCUGAUCCUUGUCCUUUACUUCUUCUGUUUUCACAUUCUCGGCAUAAUCUGUUUAAUACCCUGGAUCCUUCACACGAGUUUCGGAAAAUAUGUGACAGAGCAGUCGCAGGGAAGAGUCUGGUGGGGUCUAUUCACAAGUGCUUCUGCUUUCAACGACCUCGGUUUCACCUUGACCAACAAUUCUAUGCUCUCAUUCCAGCGAGCCGUUUUUCCGUUAUUGCUGAUGACUUUUCUGAUCGUCAUUGGCAACACUGGGUUCCCCUGCAUGUUGAGGCUUGUUAUCUGGGCCACGUCCAAGUGCGUCCGAGAAGGCAGCCCCCUGUGGGAAGAGCUCCAAUUUCUUCUCGACCAUCCUCGCCGAUGUUUCACCCUGCUGUUCCCCCGCGAAGCGACUUGGUGGCUAUUUGCUAUCCUCAUCAUUCUCAACGGGCUGGACCUAAUCUUUUUCAUCAUUCUCGAUCUCAACGAUACCACAGUCACGUCGUUACCGGGAGGUAUUCGAUUUCUGGACGGUCUCUUCCAAGCUGCGUCGACACGAACUGCGGGAUUUUCCGUGGUCAAUCUGGCCGAACUCCACCCUGCCAUUCAGGUCAGUUAUCUGAUCAUGAUGUACAUAUCCGUCUUUCCGAUUGCCAUCUCAAUGCGACGUACCAACGUGUACGAGGAGAAGAGUCUGGGAAUCUACGGGACUUCGUCCGAGGAAAACGAAGACGAGAGUGAGCCAAGCUAUGUCGGCGCACAUUUACGAAGACAACUGUCGUUUGACUUGUGGUACAUAUUUCUGGGAAUGUUCAUCAUCGCCAUUGUCGAAGGCGGAAGAUUGCAGAAUAUCAACGAGUCCGCGUUCACGCUUUUUUCCGUCCUCUUCGAAAUUGUCUCUGCGUACGGCACUGUGGGCCUUUCUUUGGGCUAUCCGAACAUCAACGCUUCCUUUUCAGCCGAGUUCCACGUUCUCUCAAAGUUGGUGAUAAUCGCCAUGCAGAUCCGUGGAAGACAUCGUGGACUUCCCUACGAGCUUGACCGGGCCAUCCUUUUGCCCUCUGAAAGCCUGCAAGCGAAAGAAGCCAAGGAAGCCGAAAGAGUCAUGUCUCGUGUACAACGUCGGAGAUCCUCCAUAGGAGGGCAAUCGAUGAUGUCGGCCGUCGACGGCAACAUGGAAGGACGCCAAUUCCGGGCUGAGACGGGUUUGUCUUCGGGGUUGCGGGAUAUCAACGAGAAUCCAGAGUUCAGUCCCCGUUCUCGUACGAACACGAACAGAUCACACAACAGAACAGGAAGCUUAACGGAGCAUCAACUCCACAGCGACCGGCAUAGUGAACCGCACAGUGCGCGCCGGGGUCUUGGUGUUGGAAUGUUCAAAUUGGCAUCAGGCGUUGAGGCCAUCAAGGAGGAGAAGCUCCGGGAGUGA